AUGCCUCGCCCUGCCAAGAAGGCAGACGCAAAAAUGCCCAUGAUGGCUGCGCCGGCUCCUACCAUGAUCCCCCCUCCGACCGCGGGCAUGAUGACUGCUCCCCCCAUGACACUCGGCGGUCUCGUGCCCGCCCCGACGCGCAUUGUUGAUCCUGAGAGCUUCCUGCGUGUGCGCGACUCGGCAGUUGGCCGCCUCCAGACCAUCGCGGAGCUGCUGCGAUCAUUCACCGCCGACUAUGUGCGCCAGACCAAUCUGCUUCUCGGGGAACCCACCCCCGAGGGCGUUCCGAACGACCUGCUCAGCUCGUUCGAGAACGCGGCCGCUCAGCUCAUGAUGCCCAUUUCCGAGCAGCUGCAACCGCCGGUGGAGGAGAAGAAGGAGCGCAAGAAGAGGACGCACGACCCCAACGCCCCCAAGCGGCCGCUGACGCCGUACUUCCUGUACAUGCAACACGCCCGCUCCAUCAUCGCCAACGACCUCGGCGCCGAGGCUCCCAAGGGCGCCGUCCAGGCCGAGGGUCAGCGACGCUGGGCGCACAUGAGCACCAACGAGAAGAAGGGCUGGAACGCCGCGUACCAGUACAACCUUCGUCUGUACAACGCCCGCGUGCACUCCUACAAGGCCGGCAACCCGCUGGCCAAGAACAUGAACGACGACGAGGCGCUCAAGUAUGCCGAGGACUUUCAGAUCCCCAUGCCCGAGAUGAAGGACGUCCCCGCCGAGGUGCCGGCGAAUGACCACGAGGCCAUCGCCGAGCAGCUGCAGCAAGGCGUCGACGACGCCAAGACGCCCAAGAAGGCGGCCGGCGGCCGCAAGCGCAAGACGGCAACGCCCGCCGCCGCCGACGCCGGCAUCGUCGAGCCCAAGGCAACGCCGGCCAGCCCUGCGAAGCGCCGGCGAACCUCGACCAAGGCGCCCGAGGAGAAGGAGGAGCCGAAGAAGUCGGGACGCAAGAAGACUAAGGGCACUUAA